CUUCACACUUGCUCUUAUUUUAGGUCUUCAGUGACAACGAACAUAUCUUACAAGAUGUGAUGAUCGCCUGCAUCCGUGUGUCGAUAUGCUCAGUGAUUGAAAUUUGCUUUGCAAAGGAUAAUGGCCACGAAAGUUGUAUAUUUUACCGUUGAUGGAAAGCCGGAACAGGCCGAAUUCAGAUCGGACGACACGGCAGACGAACUAAAAGAAACAUUUCGAGCAGCUGCUGAGGCCAAUUCUGAUGACAUACUGAAGCUGUACAACACUAAAGGCAACCUCAUCAAUAUUUCUCCCAAGUUACCUGAGAACACUCCUGAUACUCGCUACAAGUUAGAAGUGGUGGCUCUUCACUGUAAUGACAAUGUCUUGGCAACACAAUUUGGGGCAGUGAUCACUAACCUAGAAUCAAGAAUAGAAAUGUUGGAGAAGAAAGUUUUUGUAGAAAAUGGAGAAAUUCCACCUGUGAUAGGGGAACUGAAACAUAAUGUGGAAGACUUCAGAGAAAAACUAGAGGGUGUUGACCAUCUAAGUUGGUUAGGACUAUUCAAAGACAUUUCCUGUGGAACUUCAUUGAAACCUUUCUGGGACAAGUCACAGUCAAUAAAGAAGACAGAUGAACACAACAGAAUUGUGUAUGAAAAAUUCAAAAAAAUCAGUCAAGUACAAGUAACAGAUGAAGUUCGAGAAUAUCUACGUAAGCCCACCUUUGAUAACUGGCAGUGGGAUGAUCCUGAAAUGAUAAUCCUACUGCGACAGAUGUACAUAGACCUUGGUCUAAUCUCCAGAUUUAACAUUGAGAUGAAUGUGUUACAUCAGUGGCUGUAUGAGAUAUACAAAAAUUAUAAUCAAGUGCCUUUUCACAAUUUCAAACACUGUUUCAUGGUUGCCCAAAUGAUGUAUGGUUUGACCUGGCUUAUUGACCUCAGAUCGGUGCUAGACGAUGUUGAUAUUUUUAUACUCCUCACCUCUGCAAUAUGUCAUGACUUGGACCAUCCAGGGUACAACAAUGCAUAUCAAAUAAAUGCUAGGACUGAGUUGGCUCUACGAUACAAUGACAUUUCUCCCCUAGAGAAUCAUCACUGCCAUGUAGCUUUUGAGGUACUGCAGAAAAGUCAUUGUAAUAUACUACGCAAUGUCUCCAAAGAAGAAUACAAACGUAUACGAGAGGGAAUGAUCCGAUGUAUUUUGGCAACAGAUAUGGCCAAGCAUAAUGAAAUACUCAAUAAUUUUAAAUCUGUCAUAAAAAACUUCGAUUUCAAAAAUCAGGAACACAAGUCUCUGCUUUUGAUGAUUUUGUUAAAAGUGGCAGACAUUUCAAAUGAAUGUCGUCCAAUGGAUGUUGCUGAGCCAUGGCUUGAAUGCCUUCUCCAAGAGUUUUUCAAUCAGAGUGAUAUGGAAAAAUUAGAAGGAUUACCAGUGGCCCCAUUCAUGGACAGAGAGAAAGUAACAAAAUCAUCUUCACAAAUAGGAUUUAUCAAAUUUGCACUGCUGCCCUUAUUUGAAGCCCUGAGGGAGCUUUUUCCUGUUAUUGAGAAGGACAUAAUUGAACCUGUGAGGGCAGCUCUGGAAUACUAUACGGACAUGCAGAAGGCGUUGGAGGAAGAAAAAAGGAAGAAACGAGACACUGUCAAACAAAGAAUUGACAAAGAUGUCAUCAAAAGCAAGAUACAAACGUGAUACCAGUUUAUCUUAAUAUAGGGUAAUUUGACAACUGAUGAAUGGAAAAAAAUCUUUGAAGACUUUAUACUCAUUAAAUACCUCAUCUCUUUGAAUUGGUAAAUUGAACUGCUGUAGAUAAUUUUUUUUCCAGUGUUCAUUUAAGUCGUAUAGUCUUUUUGCCUUUGUAAUUGUAUUGUAAAGGAGAAAAAGUUCUGACUGAAGUGCUUGAGGCAUGGAAUUUGAAGUAAUCUAUUGUUUAUUGUGGAUUACUAAUUCUUUGACUUAUGGAGGCAUGUUUUGCUCUUGAAUGCAAAUUUGCUAGCAUUUUUUUAAAAAGAGAUUUUGCUGAUUUUUUUUUUUUUGUUUUGCAAAUUUGAAGCAAGCUGAAUAUAUUGCUUUUGGUGUAGAAAUUAUCAUAUUGAUUCUCCACCAGUUUUCAUGUUGUAUACUUUGACAUUAUUGUGAACAUUUUUAUGGUGUUUUUUUUAAAUGGCUUUAAAUAUGACUAAAUUUUUACAUGCUCCAAAAUAUUCUUCCAAUGUGUUCAAAAAUCGUUUUCUGUUUUACUGUUUUUUGUCUGUCAGCAUAGAUGUGAUUUUUUUAUAUUCAGGAAACCUUUUUGAACUCAAUAACUGCAAUAUUUUUUUUGCAAGAAUGGAUUAUGACAUGUUAUAGCAAAUUAAUGUAGAAUGGAUCUUGACAUGCAAUAGCAGAUCACUGUCACUUUAAGUAUAAACUCUUCUCUCUCUGCAUUUUAAACUUCAAGGCCAACUUUAAAAUAAUGUUUGUUUGCCCUCUCCCGACUCAGGAUAAAAAAAAUUGGGUCGGUAGGUAGGUGGAAAAAACUUUUUCCCUAGAAAAUUUCAACAUCAAUGCUGAUUUUUUUUUUUUUUUUUUUUUUUCCAGAAUACAUAAAAAAAUUAUUUCCUGGAGGAAAAAAAGGUCUUGAGUGGGGUUAUUUUUAGCCAGUUGGUUGGGAUAGGGCAAUCAAACAUUUUCUUUAAAGAUGGCCCAAUUUUGAAAAUAAUUAAGGCCCUGCACUAAUUUGCAGAUGCCUUAAAGUUAUCACUGGUGUUUCUUAUCAGUCAAACAACAAAUUAUAUUUCCAAACAACUUUACGCUUGAUCAUGAUAAGUAAAAUGUUGUUUUGCAUGUGACAAAUCUUGUUUAUAUGCUAAAUUUGGUUCAGAAUGUAGUCCAGUAAGGGGGUAGGGGUUGUGAGAAUCUUUAUGUACUAGUAUUGGAGUGAAACGGAAAAAUGUGCAAGUUUUAAAAAAUCCUUGCUUUGCCAACAUUUAUGGAAUGGAAAGUAUUUUUAGUCCUUCCCAUGUGAUCAAGUAGUUAGCUUUUACAAGAGAUGAAGACAAUACCAUUUGCCUAGAGUUAAAAAAAUUAAUUUUAUGAAUCAGGGGAGAAUUGCUCACACAUGACUGGGGUCUGGAUUCUUUAUUUUGUAUACUAAAGAAAUGUGCAUAGAUGAUUUGAUUUUGUUUUAAAAAAAUAAACAAAGAAAAUAACAAUUUUUAAUACUGGAAGUUUUUUUUUUUGAUAGGAAGAGGAUUUAAGACUUACAUUGUAUAGUUUUUAUAAUUGGUUGAUUACUUUCAAAUUGAUCUUUUCUUUGUAGAUAUAUUUCUUGAGUGUGCAAAUAAAUCAUUACAUUUUCAUUCCCCCCUUCAGCACAACCACCACCACCACUUCCAAAAGAUUUUUUAAAGGAACUUAGCUGAUUAAUCAUUUUUCUUUUUCUUUUAAGGAGAUAUAAGUUUGUACAAUUUACAGGCGGAAUCUCUAUUAAAGCAGGAGAAUACAUUCAGUAAUUCUUAUCAUCCUUUAUUAUUCUACUACGCAUGUUAUUUAUUCGAAUUUGUCUGCCAACUGUGUUGGUUGUCUAUAUAUUAAAAACUUUUAGUAAUUAUUUUUAAAAAAAAUGUUGUUAGCAGAUAAACUUUCUCUUUCACAGCUUUAUAUAAAAAAUAUAAUUGUUUACAUUCUGUUUUCCAGGAUAGGGCACAAUGUCAAUGUUUUAAAAGACCAAAAUACAUUUAUCGUUAUACAAAUAUACCAUACACUGAGUAGAUAUUGUUUUCUUUUCUAACACUAAUUUUUUUUUUUUUAGAAUUAAGGUAUGUUGAGAGAAUAUUUGUAGCAUAAAUGUGAUAUAUGGCAAUUUAGUUGUGUUUCACACAUUUAUACAUUAGAUUUUAUAUUAUUUAUUCUUAAUUAUCCGGUAAUAGCAUAUUUUGUUUUCUUUGAAAUAAAGAAUUUGUUAACUGU